CAAUGUUUACAAUAAGAGCACAAUGAGUUUCACCGGCAAAGUGGCAAUCGUGACUGGUGCUGCAUCCGGGAUAGGAGCUGCCACAGCCAAAGCACUGGCCAGAGAAGGUGCCAAGGUGGUCCUGGUCGAUAAAGACGAAGAAAAACUACAGGAAAUUGCAAAGCAGUGCGAACAACACGGCGAUAAACCUCUCACCAUCAGAGCGGACAUCACUAAAGAUGAAGAUGUCAAAACGAUAGUGAAAGAAACUAUUAACCAUUUUUGUCAGUUAGACAUACUGGUAAAUAAUGCUGGAAUUGCUGGUAUUACAUCCAUAUUAGAUGAAAGUCUGAUGGAAAGCUACGACUACAUUAUGAACACGAAUCUCCGCUCAAUGGUCCAUUUGACACACCUUGCUGCUCCCUACCUGAUCAUGACUAAGGGUAACGUCGUUAAUAUUUCAAGCAUCGCCUCUUAUCGGUGCAGACAUAAGAAAUAUCUGUGUUAUGCGAUUUCGAAAGCCGGUGUAAGUCACUUUACGCGCUGCGUGGCUUUGGACCUUGCUCAGCAUGGAGUAAGAGUGAAUACUGUAAAUCCUGGAGGUACCAAGACUAAUAUAUUGCAAAAUGCAGGAAUGCCAAACUCAGACGAAACAUAUGAGGCCUGGAAAGACCGCGCUGCGUUAAAAAGGAUGGUGGAGCCUGAAGAGAUCGCAGAUCUAAUUCUGUUCCUGGCUAGUGAUAAAGCUAGGAGCAUUACUGGAUCGGCGCAUGUUAUUGAUAAUGGUGCACUCUUGGUUUAA